UUGCUGAGCAGGCGUGGGAUGGAGAGCCCGGACGCCUGGGUUCUCUUUUAGGGGGGCCCGGACGCCUGGGUCCCCCCAUCCUGGUUGGGGGGUUGUGGGGGGGACACAAGUAUUUCCUAGCGGAGCGCCGAAGUGGGAAGGAGCUGGGAGGAGGUUGGGGGCGCGUGCACCCCAUUUGCAGAAGCCUGAGCACUGCCGGAGCGCCGCCAGCCCCUGCCACCGCCUGUGUCUCUCGCGGGACCCCAGUGACACCCCCCUGGAGGAGGGGACCCCCCCCCCCCAUCCCCCCAUGGAGGAGGACGCGGAGCUGGUGGAGCUGGAGACGGCACCCGAGGCCGGGGUGACGGGCGUCACCGUGGCCCGUGACCGCCACGGCCUCUACAUCGCCAAGGCGCCCAAAUCCCUGCGCGUCCACCAAGGUGACCAGCUCCUCAGCGCCAGGGUUUUCUUCGAGGGGGCCCCCCCUGAGGACGUCGCACGGGUUCUGGAGAGUGCCAGGUCCUGCAAGGUCUCGCUCUGCCUCCGACGUCGGACACCCGGUACCCGCAUCCCCCUUGGCAGCACCAGCACCGGCAGCGAGGGACAUCAGGGGAAGGUGGCCAGGCUGAGCAUCCCGAUCCUGACGCCCUCCAAGAAGCCGCCACCGGCACCCAGCACGGUGAGCACAGCAGCUGCCAGCACUGUGGCCGUGGAGUUUGCCCUUCCCAAGCUCCCCAAGCUGGUGAAGAGCCAGAGCACUGCCAAACCAGCACCAGCCGCCACGUCCACUGCAGUGCUGCCAGCAGCGGAGCCCAAGCGGCCACGUGCGACGCCAUCCCGGUUAACAGUGAAGGAAGCGGCAGCCCGCAAAACACCAGCGAUGGAGGAGCAACCAGUGAAACCGGAGUUUCCUGGCAUUGCCGCCGAGGUGCCAGCGGGUACUGGCACCCGGUUACCGGCUGUGGAGGUGGCAGCACCCAAAGUCUCCAUGGGGCUGAGCCUCGCCGGCACGGCACCACCGGCCACCCUUCAAGCCAAGGAGCCGGCAUUACGGCUGCCGCAGUUGGAGGUGGCUGUGCCAGCACUGACGCUGCCGGCGGUGAUGCCGGAGCCCAUCGCAACCAUAAGUCAACCCCUAAUCAAGCUGGGGGAGGGAGACACCCCCAGAAGCAGCCGUAAGGGUGGGGGGAGCCCAGUGACGAAAACCAAGCUGCCAAAUUCCGCGGCGUGGCCCGAGUAGAGGAUAAGGAGGGGGAUGCCGGCACGCGAGGGGGGUUCACCGGCAUCCGUGUCCCCUCCAUCGGCAUCGCCAUCCCCAGCGCCGCCGUGGAGCUCGUCCCUGAGCUCAGCAUGCCCAAACUAGAGCCAGCCAUCUCCGUUGAGCAGCCGCAGUUGGAGGUGAAGCUGCCAGCACGGCGGCCAGAGUCGCCGCCAGCGGCACCGGCUCGGUUGGCUUUCCCGGCAGCGGUGGUGCCAUCCAUUGAUAUCGCCGUGCCGCACGUUGGUGUGGGUUUGGCAUUGCCAGCGGGUGCUGACACCACAGCGGUGCCGGAUGAGGGGGUUGCUGCGGUGAUACCGGACAUGGCAGCCAGGUUUGCCAAAGGGCUCCAAAAGCUCAGCCUGGAGCUGGAGCCCAAAGCACCACUGCCGGCGGUGGAAAUCGCCACCCCAGCACAGCUCACCGGGGACGUGCCAGCAACCGGCGCCAAACCCAAACCCCCCAAAUUCACCCUGCCGCGGUUCGGAUUGUCCCUUGCCAAGCUCAAAACGGGCAGCGAUGGCAACGGGUAUCCCCCGGCAUCCCGCGGCACAACCGUGCCAGCGCCACCCAGCAUCGCCGUCGCCGGUCCCGCGGUGGCCUUAGACCUGGCUUUGGGGACGGCUGGUGCCACCGGUGCCGGGGCCAAGCUGAAGGUGCCCAAAUUAUCCCUAGCACCUUUUGGUGUCAAGGAUGGGGACAAGGGUGCUGGCGGUGAGGAGGGUCCCCAGGAUGCCAGCGCAAUGAUGAAGUUGCCACAGUUGGGAAUUGGGGGUUCUGGGGGGGACGACGGGAGGUCAGCGGAACUGGGGUCCCCUGGGACCCCCCGGCUUCGGGUACCACGGGUGGGCAUCGCCCUGCCGGCAACAGGCAGCCGGCGCGUGCCGUCGUUGCCUAAACUCCCUGCAGGGCCAGAGCUGGGUGGGGUGGUGAAGUUGCCGAAAUUUGGGGGAUCCAGCCCCGACAUCCGCACUGGGGGGGGACCCCAAAAUGGUGAGACGUGGAGGAAGUGCCGAGAGCUUGAGUAUUGGCACGGCAGGAAGGAAGAUGCCGGAGUCUCCCGGCACGAUCCUGUUGAAGCU